UAAGCCGGCGCAUUAAAAGCGGGUUGGCAUGUCUUCCGCGUCCAUUGCAAAAAAAUUCCUGCACAGAGUUUUCGCUACAAUUAACUUUGGCAAGCUCGUAAUGUAGCCCGUAAAAACAGUUUUUGGUGUGUCUUAUCUUUCCAAUAGCAGCGGCUUUUCAAAGUGCUCGCUUCGGUAUUCGUUUUCCCCGCACCCAAGCCGCAUUUGCGACGCCGCUUGGAAAAUGUCGCUGGAUGGCGCCAGGUUGCGCUACGAGGACGAAAAUGGUAAAACCGUGGUUCUGGCAGCCAAGGGGCGCACCUUCCAGGUGGGCUCCUACUACAAUUGCGACCUCAUACUGGAGGGGCCGGAGGAGGAGCGUCUAAUUUGCGAGAUAAACUGCGACGCUUUCGGCAGGGUCAUCAUAUACAACAAGUCCAGCGAAGACCCCAUUCAUCUCAACGACGCGGCCAUCCAUGCUGCAGGCAAGCGCCCUUUGCUACACGGUGGCAAGAUUACCAUUCGAGACAAGGUCUACACUUGGGAGUUCCCCAAGUCCUCCGAGGUACAGGAUGCCCCAUGCACCCCAGAGCGCCUGUUGCCCAACGAACAGGCCUCCAACUCCUGCCCUUCAUUGAAGCAAUCGCAUCGUCUACAAGCCGAAAAACGCCUAACAGUCCACAAUUUUCACUAUAGCAUCAAUUCGGACGACGAAGGAAAUACUUCUAUAGAGUCUCGUGAUCAGAAUGAGAGCCACUUGGAGGAGGUCUCCCUAAAUGAAUCUAAUCCACCCACUACAGAAGAGGCGCCUUGCGAGUCCCCGAAAGUAAAUCUACUGGAGUCUACGCAGAAUAAGGAGAACACCGCAACGCCACCAGGUAGCCACCAGAAGCUACUCAAGCUUUGCGCCAUGUCCGACGUGGUGAUCACCUCUUUCUCGCCGCGCGAGACUGGCGUUAAGAUAGAGAAAUCGUUUACAUGUGUGCGGAAACCGGGCUACACCACGACGUCUUUGGCUGUUUCCACGCCAAAGAGCGUCUACAGCACCCCCAAGGGCGGUGUGCUCUCUGAACUGAACGAAGACAGCUGCAGCCGAGACCUGAUGGAUUUUAGCACGCCAUCCACUUCAAAGAAGACCAAGCGGGAGUCUUCUAUGUUUCUGAUUGACUUGACCACCCCAUCAAAGCUACGACAAACACCCCAACAGACGCCUGGUUUCAAACACACACCGAAACAGACGCCCAUCAGUGUAGACAGCACCGACGAAUCAUCAGAUGCCUCCCCGUUAGUCAUUGACAUAACUAACUCUGACACACCGCCGUCACCAAGCCCUUCGCGUCGGUGUAAAACUCCUCAGCGUCAGGCUGGCAUCACAGGCGCCACACCUAAGAGAACGCCUCAGUCCCUGAUGAAACGGGCGCUGCUUACCAGCACUAAGAAGCAGAUUGCCGCCAACCAGCCAGUUAAGACCACCCCCCUGGUCACCCCCAAGCGGCCAUCUCUUCUGGAGGCUCGUCGCCACUGCCUGACUACACCUCGGCGUUUGCCAUUCCACCCACAGCGGCGCACGCCAGUCCAGCGAGAAGGACAGGCGCGAGGAAACGCACCCAAGACCUCGCCACGAAAGCGGAUAUCCCUAAUGGAAUCUCCCAGGGAGAACAAGGUCUCACAGCUUAGAAAGUCGUUUGCGGCGGCCAAGCGUAGUCCUGGCGUUGACAAGAGCAACAAGCUCGUAGCCAAGGCACGUCGUUCGCUUAACUCGCCGAAAUGUGGUUCCCCUAAGCCUGGAUCAUCCAUGCCGUCAUCGCCAUGCUCAAGAAAGGCAAUCGAUGUUCCCCAGAUCAACAGCUCCACUCCGGAAAAACCUGACGACUCAAAGGACGAGCUGAGCCGCACGUUCACAAUAAUGGAUGAUACCCAAGGAAAGGAUCAGAGUGGCGCAGUGUUGGCAAUCGAAGCGGUGACUGCUCUCGUAACUGGAGAAGUAGAGGAUGAUGUAUCAUUUCAGCUGAGUUCGCUAGUUGAAAAGGGUUUGCCGUCAGUGAGUUUAGAGAAGCCUACACCUGUCCAAGACAAAGUUGAAUUAAGCGGACCAGAAACAGACGCGGAAGGUAAAGAAGAUUCGUCACAGGACGAUUUGAAUCCUAAGCCAGAGUGUGUCAUAAUCGAAGAGAAUGAAUGCGAACUAGACUCUUUUGUCAAAAAUGAAUUGGAAACUGCCAAAAAUCAAGAGGAAUGUAAGCAAGAUGAGGAAGAAAUCAUAACAUCGUCCACUACAGUCGACAAACAUCUUGAGGAAGCUGUUAUUGAGGAUAGCAUUUGCGAAGAGGUUCAUGCGAAUAUUCCUGAACAAAUUCCUCAGAAUGGUAAUUCUGAGAAAGUAAUCGAGGAAAGUAUUUGCGAAGAACUGCCAUCGGAAAAUAGAUCUACUGGUAACUCACAUUUAAUUGGAGAGACAUCUCAAAAAAAGGACCAACCUACUCCAAAUGCCGAUACCCCCGUGGUUCGUAGAAGCUUGCGCCGCCUUUCUGUUGAGCAGAGGGCAACGGCCACAACGCCACGGAGAAGCACUCGGCGAUCAUCGAUGGAAGCCAGCAGUAAGCCGUUACCGGAGAACGACAACAAGCGUUCGCGCCGUGCUUCCUGUUCAGCGAUGGACAGUCAAGACGUGGUUACUCCCCGGCGCAAGCGUCGAUUUACGCAAGAAUUGUCCACACCAACUCGCCAAUCGAUGCGUCUUUUGAACACACCCAAGAGGGCCCUUCAGGUAGAUGAAUCUGUUGGCGACAUGGGAGUCAUAUUGGAAGAAGUUGGUCCCGAAGAUGAUAAUAAGUCUGCCGUAGCCGACGACGAAAAUUAUGGCAACGAACUUCCAGCUGAUGAUAUCGACAAGGUAGACUACCACGGCCUAAGAGAUUUAUUGAAAACACCAAAAAGCUGCAGCACACCACGUUUUAAAGGGUUAAGGGAAAUGAUGCGAACACCGAAAAUUCCUGCCUCACCAAUUCUUGGAAACAUGGCAGAACUAUUAGAAACCUCUGUUGGUAGGACUCCUUACCACGAGAGGAGGAGCAUUGCAGUAGCGCGCAUGGAGCAAGGAAAGCUACUAGACAAUGUUCUGAAGACGCCCAGCGCCCGGAAUAUAAUGGUGCCAAAUGAACCAGCUAGCGCAGUGCUAAACUCUCGGAAGGAUUCCUUGGCGACAACCACAGAAUACGAUCUAAACAUGACGAACAACACAUUGCAUUUGGACAAGAUUUUCGACGACGUGCCCGAAACUACUGCGGCUAAUAUGGAAGACACGGAAACUGAGAUAAAUGUGACAACGAUCAGCAACGCGACUGGUGUUGAUCCUUUGGGGUCGUCAAAAAGGAAUGAAACCGUGACUUCAGAGGCACUGAUGAGUGUCGGUCAGACUGCCAAAACGCGCGAUUCCUUGAAGGAUCCUCUGACCAGCACCACUUACAAAGCUACCAUGCAGGGCAAUUUUAGCGUCUUUGCAGAAUGUGGCUCCAGGUCUUUUUCGCCCAACCCGAACGAGAUGAGUGGAAUCCAGUUGUUAGACCAGACGUCCGACUCAAUGUUCUCCGAGGCGCUAGUAGUAUCGGCCGUGGAGUCGUGCGAAGUCACUGUGGAUGAGACGAGGGCUUUAGGCCAGACCAAACCACCUACUGAUAAUAUUGAGGAUCGCUCUGAUACAGACUCGAAUGUUGGCCUUACUGAGCCCCUGGUAUUUAGUGAUGAUGAGGAGCCCAAGGAAGCGGAAGGAACUCCCAAAAAGUCUGACGGUGCUCAGGAAACAUCUAUAGCCUGCAAAAUUGAAGAUUCUUUCCAUCUGGCGGAAAACAAAACUGCCAAUGAGACAUUACGUAAAUAUGAGAACGAUGCGGGUACUAUUAGUGAAAUUUCACUGAUUGAAGUGGAAGACAGCACAAUUGAGGGAAGUAAACUCGAAGGUGACAAACUUCAAGAAAGGAACACUCUCGAUAUCGAAACAGCUAAUUCGGAUAAUACGGAAGCACCACUUGAUGAAAAUAUUGAAUUUGCAGUGGUGGAUUCGACGAUCCUAGAGUCAGAGGUAUUUCCUUUGGACACAACCGCGGAUAGUUCGAUCAAUUCUACUAAUGUUCUUAACAGCAGUCUGGAAAUAACUAAACCUGACCAUGAUCUUAAACAGGAAGUUUGCAAGUCCACAUCCGAUGACCAAGCCACUGCAAUUACAUCUGAAAAAUCUUUUACCGAAUUAGAUCGAUCAGUUGCCAACGUAUCACCCUCCAAUAAACGUGAAGUGAAUACUGAUGAACCACCAAUCGAAAUAUCGCCUAAAAAACUUGGAGAAGAGACAAAAACUGCGGUUGAGCAAAUCGACGAUGAGACCUCCAAACCACCUAUUGAGCACUAUGAAGAACUUUCCGAAGAAAGCGAACCAGAUAAGGUUUCUACUGUUGCAGAAUCUGAUCAACCAGAAACUUUGCCCUCCCAAAAAGAUACACCAGCAGAGUCUAAGCAACCAUUCACUGAAUCACAUUCCGAUGAACUUGUACAUGAAACAAACUGUAAUGAGGUUUCCAUUUAUGGUGAAGUCAUUAAACCAGCCAUUGAGACUUUGCCUUUCGUGGAACAAAAGCAAGUACCUAAUGUUUCCACUGAUGCAGAACCUUAUCAACAUUGCAUCAAAAGUUCGCCUCUUAACGAACUUUCAGAGAAAAAUCAAACUGAUGAGGUACACUCUUCAGUUAAUACUGAUAAAGGAGUAGAACCAAAUCCCGUCAAAGAGGUUUUAAAGGAAACCAAAGCUGAUGAACCUAUUCAACCCGUCAUGGAAGCAAAUCCUAUUGAGGAACUUCAAGAAGAAGCGAAACCUGAUGAGGCGCCUAGUGUUAGUGACAGUCCUGCAAAAGAAUUCAUAGAAACGAAAGCUUCUGAAGAACCAGUCAUCGAAUCUUCACCUGAGGGAGAACCUCUGGAAGAAGCAUGUCCUGAUGAGGUGCCUCCUGUAUGUAAAAGUGAUGAAGUAGCUAUCGAAAGGCCACCUGCCGAAAAAUUGUUUAUGGAAGAAAAUCCUAUUGAAGAAACGACAAAACCAACCAUCGAAUUGCCUGAUUUAAGUGAAAUUGAUCAAGUAAACAUCGAAAAAUCGCCAGCCGAAGAACUGCCUGAGAAGGCAAAACGUGUUGAAACUAUACAGCCAAUCAUCGAAACAUCAUCCGGCAAUAAAGACCAAAUAGAAGCCAGUCCUACAGAGGUUUCAUCCGCUAGUAAAAUAGAUAAUGUAGUUGUGGAAACUAAUCCUCAAACAGAUGAGCUAAUUCCUCCGGAUGAAAUUAAAAUCUGCGCGCAGGUAGAGAUUGGUGAUACUAGCAUCAGUAAAACCAUCGAUGUGGUCUCUGAUAUUGAUAGAGAUAAAAUUCAGGAUCAGCUCAGUACUCAAAACUUAUCUUUAAAUUCUUCCUCUGAAAUUCAAUGCUUAAGUAAAGCGGAAGAAUCUUUAAACAAUUCCACUGCAGCAUUUGAGAUCGAACAUUCUGAAGAUGUGGUGCAUGCGACGACUUCUACAGACGCAGAUAUUUCCAAGAAAAGUGAAGAAAAGGAGAAAAUGGCAACUGUGCCGAAUGACGUCGGUUGUGCUAAUCAAACUUCAAUUGAGUGCGUACUUGCUAAUGUAACCUCAGACGGCGAUGCCAGCAAAGCUGUUUCAAAAGAUAAGGACGAACUAGAAAUAUCAACCAAUUCAUCUAAAAUUCCCCCAAGCUGCACCCAGGAUUCUCUCAAGACUUCUCUUUCUGCGACAUUAACUUCACAGGAUGAAAGCGCUCAAAUUGAUGAACAGGAUGAAAAUAAUGACGUUGAAGAACACGUCGUGUUAGAGGAAUCAUCAAAUGAAAUUAUAGCUGCUGAUAAAGAGAAUUCUGAGAAAAAUAAAGAAAACAUAUCUGACGACACCUUGAACGUUGUUGAGCAAACUUCGGUGGAACAAACUUCACUAAUUCAUCAAUCUUUAACAAAUCAGAAUACAGAGGUUUCUAUCACGGAGGAAUCCGAAGCUGUCGCUGCAGAGGAAUCUAUGGAAUGCCAAGUAAACAAAGAUUCUGAAACAGAGGUGAUUCAGUUAGAUGCCAUUACCAUUGUUGAGCAAGAUACAAUAGAUGAAAGUACAUCAGGAAUAGAGGAUAUUAAUCAAUCCACGGAAAUUACUAUGCCUGAGGAAGUAUCUGAUGUCGAAAAAAUAAAAGAAGUUUACACAAUGAACAAAGAAAAACACAUAGAAUCCCAGCAUUCUGAUCAAAAGAAUAAUGACGAUGAGGUUGUUCUAUUGGAUGCCUCAAGCUCAGAUGAAAGUUGCACAGAACCAUCCAGCUUAGUCGACACCCAUGCAGAUAUGGAGAUGGACAAAACCGAAGCAGAGAAAUGUAAUCAAAGCCAAUCCGACGAUGAGGUGAUUUUGUUAGAUACCUCAAGCAUUGUUGACCAGUGUUCACCAAAUGAAGAUUCGUUAAUUCAAGAUCAAAUCGAAGACACUAUUCCACAGGGUACCUUAAUUCCAGCCAAUGACACAAAAGAAUCCGUGUCUGAAGAGUCAUCCAGCCAAAAUGGAGUAGAGGAGAAGGUGAUUCAGUUGGAUUCCUCGAACAUAGCCCAACAGUCUAUAUGCGAUGAAAAUUCUCUUAUUGAGGAUUCUGUCGCUGAACCAGCCAACAAUAUUUCUAUUAUAGCUGAAAUGUCCACCGAAAAUGAAAUCUGCCCUAAGAUUUCAUCUGUAAAUGCUGCAGUCUCUUCACCACACCAUUUGGAGUCGCAAAAAAGUGAGCUACAAAUAAAUCAGAUAAAAGAUCUCCCAGAGGAUACCAAAUCUGCAUCAUCAAUAAGACAAAGUUCAUCAAGCUCCAAUGGCGAUCUUCUUAAUGUUUCUUCGUCACGCGACAUUGAGUUUCCUAUUUCAAAAACGGAAGACAUACCUAAGGACAUGUCUGAUUCAAUGGCAGAUGCACCAGAAGCUCCAACUGAAGCCGAGGAUGUUGUAAUGCAAGAAAGUGACAUUUUGGUAACCUCGUCACACACGGAUGAAUUAGAAUUGCAUAAAUCGGUUUCUAAAACCGAGAAUGUAUUGAGCCAGGAUGUUCAAAGUGCUGAGGAUGGUGACGAAGUAGAAGAGGUGGAAUUUAUAUCAGAAGAAAAGGAGAAUAUUGUUCGCGCUGCAGAGCAGAAGGCACAGCCCGGUGACCCAGCUACUUGUAGUUCUAAUAGUUCAAUAGGCCAGGGACCAGAAUCAACGGCUGUCGAAGCCAUUUCCCUUAUACCUCACGAAGAUCCCGCUGACGUUAAUCAAAAAGAAACUGACGAAUUAAAUCCUUCUGUUUCUUCUUUUGUGAGGCCUUCAGCAAACGAGCCACAAGUUGUAGUCACUACUGAAGAAUCUGCCGACGUCGCAAGAACAAGUGAUGGCAAAGCCGCUAGGCAUAACUUACAAGAAAAAGACCAUAUACCCAUGGAACCAGAUACUGUUCAAGAACAAGGAGACGGAACACAUACCAGGCCAGUAUCCGAAGAUAUAUCAGCUCCAGCAGUUGGAUCUGACCAGGAAAUGUUAGCCAAUAAAGAUGAUGCUGGACUCGGGAAUCCAAAAGCUGAGGAAAUACCAUCUGAGGAGCCUAUCCACAUUACAUCGACUGAUUCAAAAGAAAGUAAAGAGCGACCCGAUGUUACAAAUAAUGAAGUAGAGAUCCCUACUUCCGAACCAACAACAUCCCCCGAGCCAACGGAGAUGUCCCUACCUAACCGAAGGUCUUCAAAUCAGGAAGAAAAGUCACCGCAUGAAGAAGAUACUAAACCAAUAAAAAGAGUGACUAGGAAGGGAUCGGCUUCCGCUGAUAGACCUGCUGAGAUCGAGCGUCCGAAGAGAGUGGCGAGAAAACCUUCUGCUGAGGUUUUGGAAAUAGAAGACCGUUCAAGAGAUACUAAGCAAGAUCAUGAUCUCGGCAUUAAAUCUAGGGGUCGAGCUGGAAAACCGCAAUCGGAUGAAAAUGAGGACAAAACGGAAGGUAUUACAGAGAAAAGGAGAGGGCGAACACGAACUCCAUCAGUAGAAGUUUCUGAAACUACAGCAAAUGUCGAGCAGAAAGAAAACGAUGAUGACAAUAAAUCUAAAGAAGAAGCUCUCCAACCCAUCCUAGAGGAAGAAACAGAGCCAGAAGUUGAGGAAAGGAUCGAGUCAAAUGCAGAAGAGGAGACCAUUAUAGACAAACCCAAGAAACGAUUACGGAAGGCAUCUUCAAAGGAAUCGGAUACUCUAUCGGAUAAUAUAGAAAAGAUCAAUACGGAUUUGGAAGUUGUCAACGAAGCUGGAAGUACUCAUUCGAUUAACACCGAGCAACGAGAUGAUCAAGAUCCUAUUGUCUUGCCAGCCAAGUCAGAGUUGCAAGCCGAUUUAGAAGGUGAAAGGAAUGUGCAGGACUCCAACCUAAAACAGACCACUAAAGAACGACCCAAAAGACGCGGAAGAAAGGCAUCUGCUGAAACGGACACCGCAUCCGAGAAAGUCGAAAAGGCUAAAGAUCAUUUGGAGGCCAUUAAUGAAGAUGGAAAUAAAGAUACCAAUCCAGAGAUGGAGCGCCAAGUGUAUAUGGCAGUUAUACCAAAUACAAGCAAUGAAGAAGUGAAACUAAAUACGGAAGUUUUGGAAGAUGUACAGCCAAAGCAAAAACGACGAGUGCGGAAAGCGUCUGCAAAGGAAACGAACACGACAUUGCCCAAAAGGGAAAAGACUGAAGAUAUUUUAGCAGCAGUAGUAGAAGUGGAAUCUGCAUUGUCCAGUGAACACAAUUCCAGUCACUCGGAACAAAUGGGACCAAAAGAGCUUGCGCCGGUUGCUACUUCAAAUAUAUCCAAGGAAGAGCUAGAUCCAGAUAAUGUGCCAAAUGUCUCAUCGGAAAAAAGAGUGCAAAAAGAAUUAGCAGAGGACAUAAGCAACGUUCCAGACAAAAAGCAUAAACUUGAAAGCUUGCGCUCUAUUGAAGAACAGGACGAUGUACCGAAAGAGACGGGUAAAACUCGGGCGGAAAGACCAAAGCGAAAAGGUCGUAAGCAAUUGGACGAUAUAGUAGAAUCCAGCGCACCAAAUGACGCACACAGUCCUGAAAAGGAGAAGGCCUUGGUUUCCGUCCAAGAAGAUCACCCAAACCCAACUGAUCAGGAUAUACCAAAAAAACGAGCCCGAAAAUCAGCUGAGCUUAAGCAUGCAACUGUAGAGGAGCAUGCUAAGGAAGAUCACGUUGAAAGACCGAAGCGUAGAGGACGCAAGCCUUCUGUAGACAUUGAUCACGUUGUCCAAGAUGUUCUGGAAAAACCAAGGCGGAGGGGUAGAACACCAGCAGAGCAUGAAACUCACCAUGUGGGCGAUGAAAAGCAGGAGCCAAUUGUAGAGCCUGCGAAAAAGACUAGACGCAUUGCACGCAAAGCUUCUGUGGAAUCGGUUGAAGUCGUUUCAAGUAGCGGAGAAGAGCAUCUUCAGCAAAUCGACGAGGCAAUCGAACCAGUCACAGAAUCGGCAACGGCACUAUCCGAACUUAUUCCACAGGAGGGCGAGGAACAUAAGACCCGGCGACGCGGUCGUAAGCCAACUGUGGAAACGGAUGAAGGGUCAAUAAAAAAUACACCAACAGAGGAACCAGUUACACUUCCCACUCAUUCACGCAGACGUGGACGCAAAGCCACCGAAGAUGAGGCCUUAACUACUGCAGUUCUGACUGAGCCGAAAACAAAGGUUCGUGGACGCAGGGCGUCCUUGGAGCCAGAACAUAAGGUAGAGACCUCAGCAGAGUCCCACCAGAGCUCCGAGGUCGUGGAACUGCCAGCGGCCAAGACUACGCGUCGCGGUAGAAAGCCAAGUGCAGAUAUAGAAGCGACCUCACCGGAGAAGAAACCAGCAUCUCGGCGCGUCCGCAAGGCAUCAGCGAGUGUCGAUGAGGAACCGCCAGCGACCAAGAAAACGGCAAUUCGUCGCGGUCGCAAAAACGAAGCUCAUGAGGACGAGGAAAAAAAAGAGAUCGACUUGCAGGACUUGCCUACCGAAAUCGUUUCGGCACUCGUGGUCACUUCGGGCAACCCCUCGAAGGCUGCCGAUGAAGAAGAGCUUACUCCACGCCGCCGAGAGGGCCGUAACCUGCCACGUAAAAACUACGAGGAGGCACCAGACGAUGAUAAGCCACAUUCAGGACUGCGGCGGGCACGCAAGCCACCGGCAAGCAAGGCUCUGGCCAACAAGGCGUCAGAGUCGGAUCAACUUCCAGCUACGCCCACAAUCAAACAACCACCCGUGAAAGAAGAAUCUACACCCGACAACACAGUUGCUCUUCCGGAGCCCACUACCUCGCAGCGACGCGAAGGACGAAACCUGCCGCGCAAGAACUACACGGAGGCUCCGGACGACGACAAGCCAACACCGGCUCGUAGUCGCCGGGUUCGUAACCUGACUGCAAAGGCCUUGGAAUUAAUUGUGGACUCAUCGCCGCGUCCGGCGACUCCGAAAAGGCCGAAGGGCAAGGGAGUAGACGUUGAGGAGCCACCAGCAAAAAAGGCAACCCCAGAGAUUCCAUCAACAACAGAAGCGUCCGGACCGGAGGAGGAGCCGUUGCCAGCAACCAAAGGGCGCGGUACUCGUCGAAAGGCUGACCACACCGAUUUGGAGGAACCGGAAGUUAAAACGGCCAAAAAGAACGUACGCGGCGCGGGACGUAAAACCAAAGUCGAGACUGAAACGGAGGAGCAUCCACCCAUUAAAAAGCCGCGGGGCGGAUCACGUGCCAAAACACCUUCGGAGGAGGCGGCCAUUACUCUGGAGGAGGAACCCGUGAAGAAGUCUGCCGCUCGCAGUCGAGCAAAAGGCGCCAAGGCAGCAGAGCCGGAGCAGCCCGCCGAGGAUCCCCAAGUCGAAGUCACCUCCUCCAAACCGGCGCCGGCAGCUCGUGGUGGACGAGGCCGAAAGGUGCACUUCGAGGCGGCACCGGAGACCGCUGCUAGUGAGAGUGCGCCAUCAUCACAGCGCGCAACUCGAUCACGACGAAAGUAAAAUCACAUCUAUUUCAUUCAUAAGCUUGAACUACUUUGUAUAAUUUUUUUUAGUUAUUUUUUAAUCUGAACUACUUCAAUUUACGUUAACUUGUGUAAAAAAAUGUUUCAUUUAUGUAUCAAUUAAUGAAGGCAUGUUAAUUUUUAAUUUCUCUUGUUAAUUCCCCAUUUCGGUGGGAUAUCGUUGGGAUGGCUCCCCUAGCUCAGAAACAAAAACUAACCUUAAUAGACUUAAGGCAUUACAAAAUAUUAAUACAUAUAUAUAUAUAGUUUAUCUCUUAAGACAUUAUCAAAACUCCCCAAAAAUAAUAAAGAUUCGUAAACCAA